GGAGGAAGGAGGAGGAAGGAGGAGGAAGGGGGGCAGCCAGGAAGAUGCCCGCUUUGCUGGAUUUUCUCUUUUUCUCCCUGUGGAGGGGCUGAUGGAAAAGUUAAUUGCAGCCGAACGGACCCAUCCGUGCUGCGGUGCUCGGCGAGGAGCAGUGGAUGCUGCGUGGGGGCUCGGCUGCCGUUCUCUUGAGAAACGCCCCGCGUGUGGCACCGGUUCGCAGCUAGAUCUGGAGAUGGACGCGGAUAAGGGGAAGCAACGCCAGUACUCUCAGAGGAUGGCGGAGCCUCGCUUCAACAACCCCUACUUCUGGCCACCUCCCCCCACCAUGCCCAGCCAGCUGGACAACCUCGUCCUGAUCAACAAAAUCAAGGAGCAGCUGAUGGCGGAGAAGAUCCGGCCCCCGCACUUGCCCCCCACCUCCGUGGCCUCCCAGCAGCCCCUCUUGGUGCCCCCGUCACCUGCCGAAAGCAGCCAGUCCAUCAUGUCCCUCCCUAAGCUGCAGCAGGUGCCGGGCCUCCACCCGCAGGCGGUGCCGCAGCCUGACGUGGCCCUGCACGCCCGGCCGGCCACCAGCACCGUCACAGGGUUGGGGCUGGCGUCCCGCGCGCCCACGGUCAGCACCUCCGAGUCCAGCACGGGCACCACCACCCCUUCCACGCCCACCUCCACCAGCCAGAGCCGCCUCAUCGCCUCCUCGCCCACCCUUAUCUCAGGAAUCACCAGCCCGCCCCUCCUCGACUCCAUAAAGACAAUCCAGGGCCACAGCUUGCUGGGGGCACCCAAGGCGGAGCGGGGCCGCAAGAAGAUCAAGGCGGAAAACCCUUCGGGGCCGCCCGUCCUCGUGGUUCCCUACCCCAUCCUGGCCUCGGGGGAGACGGCCAAAGAGGGCAAGACGUACAGGUGUAAGGUCUGCCCCUUGACGUUCUUCACCAAGUCGGAGAUGCAGAUCCACUCCAAGUCGCACACAGAGGCCAAGCCCCACAAGUGCCCCCACUGCUCCAAAUCCUUCGCCAACGCCUCCUACCUGGCCCAGCACCUGCGCAUCCACCUGGGCGUGAAGCCCUACCACUGCUCGUACUGCGAGAAGUCCUUCCGCCAGCUGUCCCACCUCCAGCAGCACACCAGAAUCCACACCGGUGACAGACCCUACAAGUGCCCGCACCCUGGCUGCGAGAAGGCGUUCACACAACUCUCCAACCUCCAGUCUCACCAGCGACAGCACAACAAGGACAAGCCCUACAAGUGCCCGAACUGCUACCGGGCCUACACAGACUCGGCCUCGCUGCAGAUCCACCUCUCGGCGCACGCCAUCAAGCACGCCAAGGCUUACUGCUGCAGCAUGUGCGGCCGCGCCUAUACCUCGGAGACGUACCUGAUGAAGCACAUGUCCAAACACACCGUGGUGGAGCACCUCGUCAGCCAGCACUCGCCUCAAAGGACCGAAUCCCCCGGCAUCCCCGUGCGGAUCUCGCUCAUCUAAGCGGGCUCCGUCCCGCCCCGCUGCUGUCGGGGGGGUGGCAUCGUGUCGGCCCCCCCUGGCCCGGCCCCCCCCGGGGGGGCUGCAGGUUUGGUGACAUCCAAAGACGGUUUCAGAGCACUUUGAAUCUCUGCAGUUUUCUUUGGGGGGAGCGUAUGUGUGCGUGUGUCGGGGGGGGCAGAGGGGGGGGUUCUCCUUCAGUCAGCCCCCCCCACCCUCCACCUCCUCUCAUUUUGGAUACAAAUAUAUAUAUAUAUUUAUUGGCCAAGAAGUUGGUGCUGCUAACACAGAAACGAAAUCAGAUGCGAAACGGAGCGCGCCGGGCGCCGGACCCCCUCCUCCCCCCAGGACUGUGCCAGAGUGGGGCGGGG